GAGGGGGGAGGAGAAGGGAUUGAAGGACGUGGUCACCUGCCCAGGUAGAAGCCACUCCGCCCCGCCACCCUUAGCACAGGGUCCCGGCCUCCCCUACAGACCUCGGCUAGUCCAGGCUGGGCCGCGGCUUCGCUCUGCUGCUGCUGAGCACGGACCCGCCUGGCCCCGGUGUGCGGGACCGGACCCUGGCGAGCACACGCGCACGCCCGGGACGCAGGGAGCGCGGCCGGCAGCGGGGCCGAGCCGGGAGCUCCGCCUCUCCGCUGCACACUUCAACUGGAGGAUCAGGGAACCCCGGGACUGCCACCGUGCGCGCCCCCGAAGCGAUGCAGAGUCCCUGAGCCUCUGAAAUGCGGUACUUUCCUGCAUACCUCCUGGAAUCCUGAAGGGGUGCAGACAUGGCAGGCAAUGCGGCAGACAACGCCAACCACCUGCCCUACUUUUUUGGCAACAUAACCAGGGAAGAGGCUGAAGACUACCUGGUCCAGGGCGGCAUGGCGGAUGGGCUCUACCUGCUGCGCCAGAGUCGCAAUUAUCUGGGUGGUUUCGCGUUGUCAGUGGCACACAACCGGAAGGCGCACCACUACACCAUCGAGAGGGAACUUAACGGCACCUAUGCCAUCUCCGGUGGCAGGACCCAUGCCAGCCCGGCAGACCUCUGCCAUUACCACUCCCAGGAACCUGAUGGCCUCAUCUGCCUCCUCAAGAAGCCCUUCAACCGGCCCCCCGGGGUGCAACCCAAGACCGGACCCUUUGAGGACCUGAAGGAGAACCUCAUCAGGGAAUAUGUGAAACAGACCUGGAAUCUUCAGGGCCAAGCUCUGGAGCAAGCCAUCAUCAGUCAAAAGCCCCAGCUGGAGAAGCUGAUCGCCACCACUGCCCACGAGAAGAUGCCCUGGUUCCAUGGCAACAUCUCCAGAGAUGAAUCCGAGCAGACAGUCCUCAUAGGAUCAAAGACCAAUGGGAAAUUCCUGAUCAGGGCCCGAGACAAUAACGGCUCCUACGCGCUGUGCCUGCUGCACGAAGGGAAAGUGUUGCACUAUCGCAUCGACAGGGACAAGACAGGGAAGCUUUCCAUCCCUGAGGGGAAGAAGUUCGACACCCUCUGGCAGCUAGUGGAACAUUACUCUUACAAGCCAGAUGGACUGUUGAGAGUCCUCACCGUACCAUGUCAAAAGAUCGGUGCACAGAUGGGUCAUCCACAUAGUUCAAAUGCCCACUCUGUGACUUGGUCACCGGGUGGAAUAAUCUCAAGAAUCAAAUCCUACUCCUUCCCAAAGCCUGGCUUCAAAAAGCCUGCCCCACCCCAAGGGAGUCGUCCAGAGAGCACUGUGUCCUUCAACCCCUAUGAGCCAACAGGAGGGCCUUGGGCCCCAGACAGAGGCCUUCAGAGAGAAGCCCUACCCAUGGACACAGAGGUGUAUGAAAGCCCUUACGCUGACCCCGAAGAGAUCCGGCCCAAAGAGGUCUACCUAGACAGAAGCCUGCUGACUCUGGAGGACAAUGAACUGGGCUCUGGUAACUUCGGGACGGUGAAAAAAGGAUACUACCAAAUGAAAAAAGUUGUGAAAACGGUGGCUGUGAAAAUCCUGAAGAAUGAGGCCAACAACCCUGCACUGAAGGAUGAGCUGUUGGCGGAGGCGAACGUCAUGCAGCAGCUGGACAACCCCUACAUUGUGCGCAUGAUCGGAAUCUGCGAGGCCGAGUCCUGGAUGCUGGUGAUGGAGAUGGCGGAGCUGGGACCCCUCAACAAGUACCUGCAGCAGAACAGGCACAUCAAGGACAAGAACAUCAUCGAGUUAGUUCAUCAGGUGUCCAUGGGAAUGAAGUAUUUGGAAGAGUGCAAUUUCGUGCACAGAGAUCUGGCUGCCAGGAACGUGCUUCUGGUCACCCAGCAUUAUGCCAAGAUCAGCGAUUUUGGUCUUUCCAAAGCCCUCAGUGCUGAUGAAAACUACUACAAGGCCCAGACCCACGGGAAGUGGCCCGUGAAGUGGUAUGCCCCUGAAUGCAUCAACUACUACAAGUUCUCCAGUAAGAGCGACGUCUGGAGCUUCGGAGUCCUGAUGUGGGAAGCGUUCUCGUACGGGCAGAAGCCUUAUAGAGGGAUGAAAGGGAGUGAAGUGACCGCCAUGUUGGAGAAAGGGGAGCGUAUGGGAUGCCCUCCAGGGUGCCCCAGAGAGAUGUACGACUUGAUGAACCUUUGCUGGACAUACGAGGUAGAGAACAGGCCCGGAUUCUCAGCUGUGGAACUGCGGCUGCGCAAUUACUACUAUGACGUGGUUAACUAACAGCUUGGGUGCUGGUCAUUGGCCGCCUUGGAUCCUUGAGCAAUUACAGAAACUUCAUUCAGAUGAACUGGCUUCCAGAGUUUCCUCUCCCUUUGCCCAGGGUGAGAGCUAAGCAAAAGCUAGGACUCACCUUCACAGCCGACCUGCUCCCAAAAGACAGGACAGCAGCCAGACCCUGUGGGUUCAUCUCUCUGGUUUUUGUUUCCACCCGUGUGCUUUUCAUUAUGGGUCACAUUCAGGAACAGUUUCCAAAUCCUCCUCACAUCGUUCUGUUCCUCUGGGUCCAGGAUUGCAAUGGUCUCCCUACAGAUCGGGAAAGUGUGGUGAUGCUUAAGCAAAGGAAAUACAGAGAAAACUCACCAGCACAGCUGGCAAGCACCAAGGCGGUUAAGAAGAGUAACAAGCCUGGACACUGUUUUUGAUCUCGCACUGGAGACAGAAAUACCACACGGAUGAGACACACUGACGGCUGACACGGCCCAGGCUGCCUUCCUGCAGGGUGACUGGAAGUCUGUCCUCAUGUGCUUGCAGGAGGAGGUGGGAUAACGUUCUUGUGGAGGCUGCCGGGGAAGGUGUGCUCCCUCGACCCUCUAUGACUGAGCAGAGCGUAUCCCGUAAGGGUCCCUCCCUUCUGCAGAGGCAGUGCAGCCAGGAUCCCUUCUGAGUCCAGGAAGGCAUGCGUGUCUGUUAGGUACUUUGCUCCUUGCUGCCACAAAAGACCCCACAAGCAAUUUAGGGAGAAGGGUCCAUUUGGGCCACCGUUGGGAUAGGCCACCAUGGUUGAAAAGACAUUACAGCAGGAAGAAGGGACUUGGAGGCGUGAGCAGGAAUCUGAAAGGUCCCGUGGCAUCCACACUCAGGAAGCAAAGAACAGAAAGUGGGGGCAGCUAUAAGGCCUCACAGCCACCACCACCCCAGUGACGCAGUUCCUUUAGCAAGGCCCUACCUCCCAAAGGUUCCAUAAGCUUCCUAGACAGUGAGUGUCACCAACUGGGGACCGGAUGUUCAUAUGUGAGCCUGGGAUGGGCGGGCACUUCACAUUCAAGCCACAACAGAAGCCACUCAUUUCUGUUGCUGUAACUGAACACCUAGAAGGACCAUGUACAAGAAAUGUGUCUGUUAGACAUGUGCACAUCCCUUCUGCUGUAGGGAUCGGGACUUUCACCAGGCUGCUGCAGCAUGAGGCAGGGGUCUCUAAGGUUAAACAGUGUGAUACCCUGACAGAACAGAUAUCACAGCCUCUUAUGGAGGUCCUGAUCCCACCUCAGGGCCCCCCUCAAGACCCCACAUCAUCCCCCAACUCCAAACACCAUGCCAGUGAACCUGAGUACUAAAUCUCCAACACAUGGACCCUGGGGGGACACAUUCAGACCAGAGUAGAAGGCAUUCUGGUGACCAAGACCAUCUCAAGAUUAGUUUCUAAAUGGAAUUUUAAUUCAUAAUAAAACCAGAGAGUUGUCCUUCACCACAAGAAAGCCUUGCUAAGUGCCAUUCUGAGCUGAGGUCAUGUGACCUGAGAACUCCGUUCUUCCCUCCUGGACUGGCUUGUGCAUGACCUUCUAUUUGAUCAUACACAAAGUGUCACGUAUUCAUAGCACUUUUGCUGAGGACCUUAAGAAUUACAAAGGCUGCAUAGCCCUCAUUCUGUGUCUGGGAAUAUAUACAAAGCUCAUCUUCACCUCUGAGACACUGUGACGUACACAAGCAGGGAUGGUGCGGGAAGCCCCGUUGGUGGUAUGUGAGAAAUGGAGAGAGAACGUGAACAGUGCCUUUUAGACUGUGGACACAAUGAGCUUAGCCUCUCUUCCGCAGGAGUUAAGAAGCACUUAGAAGCCAUCGAUGUGUUUGGAGUCAUGCUGGCAGAUCAAUCGUCUUGUUAAAGAGGGGAUCCCUGUAUGUUGAACUCACCGACCAGACCCACAGAACACAGAAUCGCUGAUGAAGUCCCAGGUUUAGUGUCAGGAAAGGAAGGGGAUGAUGUAUUGGUUAAGGAGACAGGACUAUCUGGACCACAUCUGAGCAAGGACUCUGCCCCCGCCUUCCCGCAUGUGAGAACCCUGUGGAAGCCUCUGCCUUCUUUUUUGGCUUCUCUGGCAGUGCCUCUCCUUUCCAGGGGUUUGGGGCUGACCAUUGUCUAGAUAAUGACUGAGCAGGCUGGAGGCAGGGGCUUUGCCUUCCUCUAGAAAGCCAAAAUAUGCCCUUAUGUGCAGACAUCACACUGUGGCCAGCGUUCGGCGCUCUCAUCUGGUGAAAAUCGUGUCUUGCUGUCAAGAUUAACUUCUCCGGGCAGCCCAGGAGAAGAUUCUCCCUGGAUGAUUUCCACUACAAAUGUUCAAAAUUUACAAGGUCAGGAACCAGUCCAGGUUCUUGGCUGGGUCUCUUUUCAUGAGCUGCCUCUGAAGACCAGAGCCCCCUUCUACCUGGCAGCUGGGCUCUCUGUGUGCCUUUUCCCUGUGACCCUUUGUCAGCAGAGUGCAAAGCACACCCCAAGCUGCCGCACCACACCCCCCGGAGUGCAAAUACCGAAUACCUCACGCAGAACUGAAUGUCUCUCCAGGAAACACCCAAUCCACAUUAAAGUGGUCUGUGUGCACUGGGAUGCGUCCUCCCUGUCCCAGACAGUGACUCCAGAGGAAGGCCAGCCCUUGUGAUUGCAACUCUCCCUGCAGAGCAAAGCCCUGGUUGUCGGUGCCAACCAGCACUCCCACCAGUAGCAGAACAGAGUGUUUAUUUCAGAAAUUGUUUUUAAUAAAGAUCUACUAUUAGUUUUGUAA